CCAGAUCGAGAGUGUGACCGAUUUUACUCCCACAUAAAGCUUCAGACAGGAACACACACACACACACACACACACAAACAGGGUGUUAACCCUUCUUGGGACAAAAGUUAGAGAUCUUAAAGAGAUAAGUGAGAACAAAAGAUGAACGAAUGGACAGAAGCAGGAAGGGAGGGGCCAACUGACUGACUGAAAGAGAGAGAGAGAGAGAGAGAGAGAGAGAGAGAUGAUGAUGAUGAUGAGGAGGAGGUAUCACUAAGCAGGUCACAAGGUGGGAUUUAUUUCCACUUUCAUGGCUCCUGCUCAUACAGGUACGUGAAGCAUCUCAGCCUGGACCUGCUACGGACAGGACUGAUGCAACAUCCUGCACCAGAGAUCUAAAGGAACAAAAGGAAAAAAAAGAACAAAAUCAAGAAAGGAGACAAAUGUAACGUCCCCAGACUCUUCACUUCACACUCUGGGCCUGGGUGUCACAGCACUUAAUAAAACAGCAGCGAUGUGGACUGUCUGGUUAAUUCUUUUCCUUCCAUUGCCUGGACAUGCUUGGACCUGUCUCACACACUCGGAAACAGAACCAGAAUCAGAAUUGUCCUGUGUAAACGACUACAUGACCAACAUCUCAUGUAUGUGGAACAACACUGCAUGGCUCACGGGCCAGAACUGCAGGCUCCAGGUGACCAGAGACACACGUCACGGCCAAGUAAAUAAAAGCUGUUCCCUGAACGCCACAAGAAACUGCUGGGUUAAAGUGUCAUCCAAAUUGAGUUUCGCUGAGAAGGUUGUGUUGGAUGUGUUCUGUAACAAUACCCGGAUGGCCAGUGUGAAGGAGUACCGCCCCGGCCGCCAUGUUAAGCUCCGCCCUCCUGAGCAGCUGAAUGUUACUGGGAACAACGUGACGUGGAGUCGAGGAGCUCACUUCCCCAAAUCCAUCACAAAAUACAUCUUCCAGCUGCAGCUCAAAACCAAGCAGCAGAGCUGGGAGGAAGUUAAACCAAGGUGUGUGGAUGGAACAUUUGCACUGAUGGAUGGCAGCUCGGUGUGUAAGGGGGAGUGUGAGGCACGAGUACGUGUGAAACCCAUCGAACCGAAGAAAAAGGACCAGAUCCUGGGUCAGUGGAGUGACUGGAGCCCUGCUGUAACAUGGAAGUCAGAUGUAAUCGUGAACGAAAAGAACCUGAGCAACAACUCAGACACAUCUAUCAUCUCUCGCCCUGAAGUCAUAGGAAUGCUGGUGGGGUUUGUAGCACUUAUCCUCAUUCUCCUCAUCCUCAUGCCACUCUCUAUCUACCGACACAAAUGUGGGAUGAAGCGGGGCUGUGAGCACGUUCCUGACCCGUCUAAAUACUUUCAGCCUCUCAUCAUCAAGCACAAGGGGAACUUUCAGGAAUGGCUGGGUCAUCAGCACUCGGCUUCUUUGUUCCUCCCUCCUCAGUCAUGUGACUGUGAAAUCUCUCCCGUUGAUGAAGUAUCUGAAGCAUGGGACGACCCUCUGGCUGGCAACACAGUGCUCGUCUACUCUAAUCAGGCAGCGGCUUUGCACCAGCAAAUGAGUGAUGGCAGUCAGCUCUCAUCUGGUGUCUCUAACAUGGGUUACUUCUACAGCGAACACCAGCCAGGCUCUGUGUGCCUGGACUCCUGCCCCGUCUACUUCACUUACCAUCCUGACGGUGGUGUCCUGCAGUCCAGUAUGUCCUACGAGCGUCUACGAGGGGCAGCGCCGACAAGCCCGGACUCCGGUUUUGGCAUGGAAGUAGCACCAACAAGCCCAGACUCUGGUUUCGGCAUGGAAGCAGAAAAAGAAGAGGCUGAUGGGGAAGAACAAGAAGACGAGACAGAAAAAGGACAGAAGAAGGAAUGCAGCGGGGUCAACAUGCAGCACCUGGUCUCGUUUGUUUUGUCCUUACCAGAGAGUGCAGGGAUCACCAUCCCUCCAUCCUUUGCAGAGUUCACACCCUGGCAUGAGGAGUCUGAAUCUUCUGGGAUCAGUAUGAACUCUGAGUCUCUGGAUGGCACUGUAGUUCGACCCUCAUCCAUGGUGGUGCAGCCAUGCAGCAGUGGCUAUUUAACCCUGAAGGAGAUGCAGAAAUACAGCAACAAAUCCAUCUGAUCACAUGUUUCACAACUAAAUUCAAAUUAUAGUCUACCAAUCUGGAAAUUGCUUUCUAAGGUAUCCCAUGUGGUGUGGAUUUGUUCCAUCAUGGUUAAAUUUAUCAUUUGUGUACAGCAAGAGUCGAAUUUUCAGUGUCAGGACAGGGUGUUUAGUGAUUACUGGCAGAGUGAAGUGGGCAGGCCAGUGUUGAACUUCAUGUACAUAUGCCAUGAGUGAGGCAGUGUGACGAAUGAAUAUCAAUGGAAGUGUGAGACAAUUAGGACACUUCUUUUUUCACCAAUUAAAACAUUAUCUGUCUAUUACUUGUAGUCGGCAUAUCAGGUGAAAAUCUAAAUUCAAUCCAAAUUGCUUGAAACUGGUCUCAUUGAAUUGAAUUCAGAAUUGAAUGCAGAACAACAUACUUUCUAAUUAAAAAAAUUAAAAUGUGUUUACCUGUUCUUGAGAUAUUACAAAUCAAAGAUUGAAGAAACGGCUUAAUUUUUAGAAAACUGCCGUGUUGUUCUGUAUGAGGAUCACAUGGUCCAAAAUGGGCCAUUAACCAAUGAAAUCAAAUGUUUCUUUUCUUAAUAACUUCUUUAUUUUUAAAGAUAUUUACAUGGAAAUUGGCAGGAACAUAGAUGGUUGUAUACUGAAUACAAAAUGUUAAAAAUUAGUAAAAACAAAUUAGGCAAAUUAGUAUUAAUUAUGCUAAUUAGGUCAAAGGUUAAAUUGGUACACUCUUCUUAAAGUUUCACCAAAAGGCUUUAUUUAUGCAAUAUAAAGCUGAUCUUAACUCUCAUUUAUACAUCACAAAGAAGGAGAAAUCAGUGUUAAUUAUAAAAUAUGAAGAAAUAAGUACUGAAUGUCAUUCACAUCUACCAUUCUCUAUCAAAAUAAAAAGUAAUAAUCCCCUCUUUGUGCUCUGUAGGCCUUUGUAUUUCUCAGUAGCGCCUACUAGUGUUUGUAUGAAAUAAUAUAAAUGAUUAUUUCGAUUAAUUUUCACAGCUUUCAAGGCGAACCUCGAAAAAACUGUCUGAUCCACAUCCAAUAAACAAUUCACAUUAACUGAACUGAAAUUGACACUUACUGUACGUUUCUGACUUCAGGUUUUUUAAAAUCUCAUUCCGACCACUAAGAUCUCAAUAUUUUUCAUCAAACCAACUCCAGUUAUAUUCUAAAAUAGUUAUUUAUUUACAGGAAUCAGUUUGAUUUGAAAAAAUAAGUAGGUAAAGCUCUGAAAACUCACUUCAAAGUCUCCCGUGAAUCAUAACAUCAAAACUAGCAGAGGGAAAAUUUUGCUGACUCCUUCAUCAGAAACAGUGAGAGCAAGAGAACAUCCCUAUAAAAGUGAUCUGAUUGAUAUUGAUGAGUAAUCCAGUGGGAAACCAAUCAGAAGAGAGAGAGAGAGAGAGCUUGACCACUUUGCCGUGACUUAAAAAGAAAAACACCGGCAGUUUCCCGCUGUCACGCGAGCAGAAUUUUUACUCUGUUGUACCGACUUCAACCUGCCACUACUCCCAAAGUACUGAACAGAUCUUAACCAGAUACAUUUCUGUGGAAAGCAGAUAUUAUAAGCUUUUUAAUGAGAGUAUUCAUGAUAGAAAAUAUUCAAGAGUUAAGCAAUGACAGAUUUGGAAACUCAGAUGAGCAUCUGCAUGGACAAUUUUCACACCAUGGCCAGCAAGCAUCUGAUAUGUUGACUUGUAGCAAACUCACUUCAAGUAUAUCAGGAUGUAAAAUAUGAAACAAUUGUUCAGGCUUGGAAAACUGCUCAGUCGGAAUGAUCUUGGAAUUUGAGUUUGAAGAGUUUGGAACAGUGUAAAGUGAAGCUGACUAGUUUAAAUCAUACUAUAAACACUUGCCAAUUUGCUAAUUAGAACAGAUUUCAGUUCACUAUCACGUGUUAAACUAGCUAGUUGUGAAACUGCAAAAGCCAGCAGGAAAUUCAAGUCAACAAUAAACAAAGGUAUAGUGAUUCGUGAUCACAGGGAGAUAAGCAGAUUCUUUUGCAAAACGUCUGCUGUUGAUAUUGUAGAGUAUAAAAGACAGCAGCAUUUUCACGUCAGUUUUAACUGUCUGCUGUCUUUCAUCUGUUUUCAGAUAUUCAUCCUGUGUGCAGUGGGUUUAACCGAUAUCCUGAUAACUGCGCUAACUUGUGACUAUUUCAACUCGUAUCUCAACUUGUAUCUCAUCAUUACCAUGUAACGUUGCUAACCUUCAUUAUUAUUAUUAUUAUUAUUAUUAUUAUUAUUAAGGAAUACAACUUGUUCCACCUAUAUUUUGAGCAGCAUGUGUUCCUGUUUUUCUUGGGUUUUUUUGCUGCUAGUGGACACCAUGCGAUUGUCCUGAAUCUCUCACACACACACACACACACACACACACACUGAAGAUCUCAUGCCGAAUUCAUUGAAUUACAGUGAAAGCUCCAUGCUUAAAGCUUCCUCCAAGUUCGGCAGACACAAGGCUAAGUUUCCCAAAACCAUCUCAAACACUUUCUCGUUUUACUGGGACACAGGAGAGUUCAGUAUGAUGCUCACUCUAUGAUUACCAUGAUGCUUUUGGAAAACUUGACCCAGAAUAUGAAUUCUAUGUUAAAUUCUAUGUCAGGGUUCUAGUUUGAGUUUAAAGUGCUAGUCUUACGAAAACGACAUCAUAAAAUCCCUGGUUUUCUGUGUGUAAUCUACUCAAAUAGGUUGUAAAGUUUACUGGUAAAUAAAAAAUUGGCUUGAAAAAUAAUUCUUUUGCAUCUGAAUUCUAUUCCAAAAAUCAUUAAAAGCUUGUCCGCCAUUAGAUCGCAGCGAUUUAUUGGUCAAUAGCGCUGCAUGUGUGACACCAUACGCGCCACUGCCUUCUUUUGUAAAACUCUUGACACAACUUGACGACAACAAGGACGAAGAAGUGACUCAGAGUGAGCGUGUUUUGGUUUGUUUUUAGAUCAGUAAUUGUCUGUCGUCUAUCUAAGUAUUAUAUUUGGCCACAUAGAAACUAUCUUAGAAUGUUAUUGAGCUGAUGAAGGACAACUAAUCAAUUCAAACAACAGGUUAAGCAUGAGCUUGACACUUCCUGUAUGGCGGUGAGCUCUUUGGGACGCUGCUUCUGACUUCUGUUUCCAGAUGGUAGGAACUGCUCUGCGUACCAGACGCCGCUCAAAUCCUUCUGUGUGAAUCCGCCUCACAAAUUUAUCUUUUUCAAAAUGUAUGGAGCAGACACCAAAUUCCAAGUCCAGUCAGCUUGACGUUACCUCUCUUUGUCCGUACAAAUCGAACCCAUUCAUUCCUGCCAAUUUUAGGCUGUAACGGUUCAAAAUUCUGUUUUUUUUUUUUAAUUAUUUUUAAUCAGCUACACUUGAACAGCCUUGAACAACACACCUCUUAGGAAGCAUGCUUUGUUUGUUUUUUGUUUUUUUAAUUUAAAAAAAUAAUUAAAAACGUGCUGCACUUUGCAAAGCAGACGAAGCCAGAAAUGCUGUGAAUUUUCAAGUGUUGCGCAUAUGAUGUCACUUCCUUUGAAUUAACAAUAACUUACCAGGAACGCGUUCGUGUAACGGCGGACUCAAAGAGCCAGACUUUACCGGCUAAACAGAACAUGUUCCUGGUCUCGUAUUAAAAUACAAUUCAGACAGUAAACUAUUUAACAUGUCUAGUUUUAUAAGGUAAAAUUUUCAGGGGUGAUGUCAUUUUCGUAAGACUAGCUCUUUAAAGAGCUAAGUUACAUUCAGUGAGGGAUUCAGUGUGCUGCCUUUACUUUAAAGCAUUAACACAUAUAUCAGGUUAUUUUUAUGCUUUUCAUUUUUUUCUUCAAGCAAUAUUUUCAUCAUUUGGUCAUAGCCAUCCAACUAGAUUCCUUCCAGGAGAAUAAAAGGCGAACACGUGCUUUUUCUGACAUCACAGGACGAGAAUGCUAACAGCCGCAUUCUUUAUAUAAAGCUAGCGUUUCUUUGAUCGACAGAGGAAAGUAGAUGUAGGCCAUCCUUCCUGGCAGUUAUGUCCUCUUAGAUUCCUGGCUAAGGAUAAACAUUAGAAAAAGAUGGUUGCUGUUGUUGUUGGUGUUGUAAAUGGUGAUGGAAACAGAUUACCUGGAGUAAGCAGUGAUGUAAUGAGCGCAUGCUCAAUUUUCACCACUUGUUCUGUCUCAUAACAUUCAGCAGAUCAUGUGGUUGAUACAAACACACUUUUACAAACUUUUACAGACCUGAAAGUAAAAAGUUGGAUAAGAAUUAAAGCAAAUGUAUGCAAUCUAUAUCUCAUCAUACGAAGCAAAAGAGACUGACAGAAAUGUACAAGAUUUCAAUACUAAUACUGUAUAUUAAUUCUUAUUUACAUGCUUUAUCAUUUACCUGUUUAAAUAUAUUCAUAUUUCCAUAUACGUUUAUUGUGUCUCUAAUAGCUGUGUCUACUGUUUAAAGAUUAAAACCCAACAACAAAUCGUUCUAUCAAAAGGCCUCCACAUAGAACCCUAUUCAGGAGAACCCCAUCAUUCAGAAUCCAGAACUACUGAAUGAAACAACUCUUGUUGUAUUAACUGGGGAUGUGGUACAAGCUACACGUCUUUCCCUGAAACCAAGAACCAAUCAAGAGUUUAACAUUUAACUCGUGGCACUUCAAGGGUUCCAUAAGGGUUCCAUAAUGGUUCUAUAAGGGUUCAAUUGGUAAUAGAGAUUACAAGCUGCUCUGAUGUGGAAGGUAUAGAAACAACGUAUUAGAACGAGUGCAUUAAUAUAAACAUGCACUAAUGUCAGAGUUGCUGUUAUAGGGCAUUACAUUGUUAAUAAAUUCUGACCAAUCAGACUCCAGGAUUCAGCUUCAUGGCCAAAAGUAUGUGCACCCCUAACCAUUACACCCAUAUGUUUAUUCCAGGUUUGCUGUUAUAAUGAGCUCAACUCUUUCCUUCUCUUCUGGGAAGGUUUCCACUAGAUUUUGGGGCGUGGCUAUGGGGAUUAGUGUUCAUUCAGUUAGAAGAGCAUUAGUGAGAUCAGAUUCUGAUAUUGAGGCUCCAGUUCCAGUUCAUCCCAAACGUCUUCAGUGGAGUUGACUUCAGUUGGGGCUCUGUGCAGGACACUCAAGUUCUUCACUCCAACCUUAACCUUAACGCUUUGUGCACAGGAGCAUCGUCAUGCUGGAACACAUUUGGGCCUCUUAUUUCCAGUGAAGGGAAAUUGUCAUCAUCCUACAACAUACAGAGACAUUCUACACAACUGUGUGCUUUAAAGUUUUUGGUCACAGUUUGGGGGAAGAACCACAUAUGGGUGUUAUGGUCAGGAAGUGCAUGUACUUUUGCACAUACUCAUUGGUUCUAGUGAUAUUUAAUCAUAACCAGAAAAUUCUUCAUGAAUUUGGUGGGAACUUAUAACAGACUGUAUUGCUCAGUUUUCUUUUUUUUCAGCAGUGUCUAGCUGUCCUGUGGAAACUAACCCGAAAUGUAUUCUCUAUAUUUACUCGACUGUAUAAGAAGGAAGAAUGAAUAUGUCAUUAAAGAAAGAUCAUUUGUAUUCCUAUAAUAUGCUGUUCUGAUAUGAUACUUUGUGUGUGUCAUGUUUCUCACUAAAUACGAAAAUAAAUGCUGUGUCUAAAGGGUGUUUACAAAA